AUGAAGGAGUGGAAUGCAGGAUGGGUAAUCUCUAAGGUCAACAGAGGCCUUGGCAACACUGGCAACACUCACAGCAAUAGCCGGGAAGCAGGCCACCACCAAACAGGUCUGGGGCCAGAGUUCCUUUCCCUUAUGGAGGGUGUGGCAGCCCCAGGCCCCAGGCCAGGGGCCCCACUUCAAGUCACAGAGAAUGUUGUUCCAGGAACUGAGGACUGGUUGCCAAGAGUUUCUGGACACCCAGCCUGGGCUACCAGCCUGGAGACAGAGUAUCAGACAGAUGCAGAGCUGAGUGAGAAGCAGCGGCUGCAGAUUUCCAAGGAGCUAGUCGAUCUUCAGAUUGCAACCCAUCACCUUCGUGAACAGCAUGAAGCUGAAGUCUUCGAGCUGAAGAAGGAAGUUCUUCGACUGGAAAGCCGGGUGCUAGAGCUAGAGCUGCAUGGUGACUGCAAGGGACAUAGAGUCCAACCAGCAGCCAAUCCAGGGCACCACCAGGUACCACCACAAGAGCCAUCGGGAGGACAGCAGAAGCUGCAGGAAGAAUUGAAAUGGGUCCUGGAGCAUCACAGAGUCAGGCAGCAGGCGCUGGAGACACGAGUGGCAGUCCUAGGCCAGCAGUUGCAGGGAGCCCGAGAGGAAGCCAGGACAGCUGGUCAGCGCCUGGCUGCCCAAGCCAUGGUGCUGUCUACCUGUCAGGGUCAGCUCCGGCAGGCUGAAGCUGAAAAUGCUCAGCUGCAGUUGCAGCUGAAGAAGUUGAAUGAGGAGUAUGCUGUCCGGCUGCAGCGCUAUGCCAAAGAGACAGUGGAGACUGCCAACAGCACAGGUCGGGCAGCCCUUCAGACGUUCCUGGAGGCCACUCUGCAGGACAUUCGGGCCGCACACCGAAGCCGGGAGCAACAACUGGCCCAAGCUGCCCGGACCUACCGCAAGCGCCUGGCAGAUCUGAGCCGGGGGCAGGAGUUGCUGCUAACCACCUGCAGGGCUACCUUUGCAACAGCCACGGACCUGGAGCCAUUACCCAUGCACUGGGCCACUGAACUCAGCCACCAAAGGGAGAAUGAGUACGGCAGACACAGGACACUGCUGCAGCACCCUGAGAAAGGACCUGGGGAAAGUUCCAAGGACAGCAGCUCACAGCCACUGGCCCUGGAUACUGCAUCCUGGGCCCAAAUCCAGAAGAAGCUGCAGGACUUCUCCCAGGACACCCAGGCAAAGCUGGAACGAGAGCGGGCACAGCUGAUGGUCCGAGCCACCAUGGCAGAGCAGCAGCUCUCUGAGCUACAGGAGUACGUGGACCAGCACUUGGGCAGGUACAAGCAGGAAAUCCAGAGACUGAGGAAGUUGGUGAAUACAGGAGACCGCCAGGGAGUAGAAGCUAUGCCUUCCACGAGGACCCAGCGCCCAAGGACCCGGAGUCACUAGCUAGCUAGUCUCCCAGAGACUACAAAUCAAACCUCUUCACAGCCAGGAUGGAACCUGCUGCACACCCCACCCCACAGAGUGAUUCCUGGAACAAACCAGAGUCGGGAUUGAAGCCACAGAGUCUUUAUUGUAUCUAGUCGGCCAGCCUGUCAAACAAGGGUCCCAGGAAUGGAGGUAGAACUGGACUCUGGGACAGCCUUGGUGGAUACCCCACAAGAAGACACAGCUGGCCCAGUACCAUGGACAUCAUAGGCCCAGACUCUGUCCAGGCCCUCACCCACCACAGCUACAGGCUGCCAGGUGGGAAGGGGGAAACGUCCAGAUACCACAUGGGCCCCUGCAGGUAGCUCUCCUUGCAGCUUGUCCUCCAGCAGUGGAAGCUGUAAGGAGAGAACAGGAGGAAGGAGGGCACAGGAGCAGGUAAGGAAAAGCUGCCCAUCCAGCUGGGCCCAGGACCUAUUCCAGCCCUCAGAGCAGCCAGGAGCCAAGAGUGUGGCCCUGACCUCCUAGCAGGACAGCAGACCCAAGACCUACCACACUGGGGGCCAGGAACACAGACACAUUGUGACAGUCUCUGAGGCUCACCUGUGGGAAAUAAAGAUAAAGGCUGGAAGGCAUG